UCGUGUCAUUGACAUUUUAACCUCGAGUAUCCGCGUUUCCUCAUUUGUUGUAUUUGGAACAAGGAAUUUUUGUUAAGAAACUUCUACUGCUGCAACUUUGCACAAAGCAGAUGUAUGGCGGAUGACCCUGUUCUGUUGUGACCUCUUUUAGUUUAAAAUAAUUUUUUAAAAAUUGUGCAAAUUCUAGAUUUUCAAGCAUCAUUGUGCACAACAUAGUUUGUACAAACGAUUGCCACAAUGGCGUUGACUCGAGUUCCAUCUCCUCCACCUACGCCACAAUCUGAAGCAACACAGUCUGUUGCUGAAAGCUGGUGCUACACUCAAGUAAAAGUAAUUAAAUUUUCAUUUAUGUGGACUAUUAACAACUUUAGUUACAGCCGAGAAGAGAUGGGUGAAGUCCUUAAGAGUUCCACGUUUUCGGCUGGAAGCAAUGACAAGCUGAAGUGGUGUCUACGAGUCAAUCCUAAAGGUUUAGAUGAAGAAAGUAAAGACUAUUUAUCUCUUUAUUUACUUUUAGUGUCGUGUAAUAAAACUGAAGUUCGAGCGAAGUUCAAGUUCUCAAUAUUAAAUGCCCGCAAAGAAGAAACGAAAGCUAUGGAAAGUCAAAGAGCGUACAGAUUUGUUCAAGGUAAGGAUUGGGGGUUCAAGAAGUUCAUACGUAGAGACUUUUUAUUAGAUGAAGCAAAUGGACUUCUUCCAGACGAUAAACUGACUUUAUACUGUGAGGUUAGCGUAGUAGCUGAUUCCAUAAACAUAUCUGGUCAAAAUAGUGCUAUUCAAUUUAAAGUUCCUGAAUGUCACCUAUCCGAGGACUUCGGCCAGUUGUUCGAAGGACAGAAGUUCAGUGAUGUUAUUCUUAGUGUUAAUGGACGUGAAUUUGCGGCUCACAAAGCUAUCCUUGCCGCCCGUUCUCCGGUUUUUGCCGCAAUGUUUCAGCACGAAAUGGAAGAAAAGAAACAAAAUAGAGUAGAAAUUACUGAUAUGGAUCACGAGGUUCUGCGUGAAAUGUUGCAUUAUAUCUACACUGGUAAAGUUACUAACAUUGAAAACAUGCCCGAUGACCUCUUGGCAGCUGCAGAUAAAUAUGCAUUGGAUAGGCUGAAAGUCAUGUGCGAAGAACACAUCUGCUCCAAUUUGUCCGUCGCUACUGCCGCCGAAGUUUUGAUAUUAGCUGACAUGCAUAGUGCUGAUCAGUUGAAAGCACACGUUAUAGAUUUCAUCAAUAUGCAUGCUACAGAUGUUAUGGAAACUGCAGGAUGGAGAACUAUGAUUCAAACACACCCGCAUCUAGUAGCAGAAGCAUUUAGAGCUUUGGCUACUCAACAAAUACCACCCAUUGGGCCCCCUCGAAAACGCGUGAAACCAUAGAUUUUGACAUUUCUAUAUGUUUCUUUGUGGGUAAUUUAAUGUACAUGACAUUGUUUGCGAUUGUGCUUUUUGUUGACAUAUGUAAGUUUAGUUUCUGUGUGUAUGUGUGGACGGUUUCAGAUUCAAAUUGGCAGUAAUGAUGAAAAAUCAAGUUGGGAAUUUUGUGCAAGUGCUUGUCUACAUACCUUUUUCUAGGAAGAAACAAUUUGUGUAUAACCAUAUGUAGAUUUAAUGGAGUGUAGGGGUGAGACUAUUUUGUCAUAUAUUGGAUUUUUGCUUUUAUGACAGUCAAAAUUCACCACACCACGUAUAGUUUUGCUACCGGCUACAAUAUCCUGUUUAUCUUGUUGGCACUCAUAUGUAUCUAAAAGACAUCUUGAAUGCUAGCAAGAUGCUUUACAAAAGUGAAAAAAGAAAAUCUGAGGAAUGCAAGACAUUCCACAAAAGCUUUUUCAACAAAAAGUGGGUUUUUUUCUGGGAAAUUUUGGAAAUUAUAAAGUGAAUCAGUAGGCACGUUUAAAAAUUUUUCUGCCUAACCAGUCAAGAAAAGCUUGUCAACCGUUAACAGGGGUCGAUCCAGUGCCAAAUUGGGGUCGCUUUGCGGCCCCUUCACAAAAUUCCGCAUGGCAAAAGCGGCCCCAUUCACAAAAUUCCGCGUCGUAAAAGCAGGCCCUUCACAAAAAUUUAUAAAAAGGCAGCCUUUUCACAAUAUUUUUUAACCGCAAAUGUGUACGCAUCUACGCGGGAGCCUCUUCCACCUUCCCCCAUCUUAUCUUUUUGCUUGCUGCGUGAGGUGUUUUUG